AUGGUGUUCCUGCAGAUUGAAAUCUCAUAUGAAUUGCUAUUGCCUUUGCUUGGCUGGUUAGAUGGUUGGCUGGAGCUAGCGCUGGAGCUGGAACUGGAUGGCUGGCUGGCUGGCUUGGUGGAUGAGUCUGCGGCAGGCACACUCGACGCCCUGAGCAGAGUGUUUAUCACCGACAGCAUCAAGCCCUCAGCGCUACCAUUGAAUUCAUCGCCAUUGGAGUCUAUCUCCUCACCACUGAGUCCACCAUCACCAGCAACGAACGUGUCAGCAUUAGCACUGAGUUCAUCGAUACCACCGACGUCCCUGUUCCCAGUAUAUAUUCCAGCAUCGGCAGAACUGAUUUUAUCACCACCAGCAUUGAAUUAUUCAUCACUGGCACUGAGUUUAUCAUCGCCAUCGCAUUCUACAUCCUCAUCAGCUCACCACAGUGAGACCAUAACCUAUCAUCAUCCGUUUCAUUACGGCCAGCAUAGAUCUUAUCACCGCCAGCAUUGCAUUAUUCAACACUGGCACUGGGUUGAUCAUCGCCAUCGGAUUGUACAUCCUCACCAGUUUAUUACAGACAUUAAAAUCUUCAAACGCGCCCUCGCACCUCAUUAUACGUUCCAUCAGGGCCAGCAUCAAGCUAUUCACCACCAGCACCGAGCUCAUCAAUAUCGGCGUUGUUUUCAUCACCGCCAGCAUCGAUUCACUCAACGCUCGUACAAAGCACAACAUCGACAUCAGCAUCUGCAAUUCCAACAGCGUCUCCACGUCAUCGUCAUCAACAAAACCCGAAGGACGUAA